AUGACAUCGAGUGUAGCUCGAGGAGGAGGACCAACGAGCGAACAUGUUGCUCAUACUGGAAGUGAAUCAGUUAUUAGAGAAGGCUGCGCAGUUCAAACAUUGGAGCCUAGAUGGUCAUGGAUCGACAGAGCCAUAGCUGUUAUUAGGAGGGGUCGACAGCAAGGUGUAACCAAGUUUCGAUGUAGAGAGACCAGUGCGGUGGCUGCAGUUAUCGGACGUUGUGUGCUGGCUCCGCUACUAUUGGUCUUCAUUUUCGGAGCUACAGGCUACUUGUCAACCGCCAAGUUCUUUAUCGGACCGGAAGACAGCUACUUCGCCUACAGUCAGCUGGACUCAGUCAUGCAUGGAGGGUGUUCUGGAUGCGUCUGCUCCUGUCGAAAGGUGCUCAUUCAGCUCAGCGCCUUUGGAUCUGACGCUAUAAUGAGCAAACCGGCGUAUGAAGACCUACAAGCCAUGGCUACUGAGGCUGAGGCGGCUGGAGAUUACAGUCGACUCACACCUGAAGCUCUUGCGCUUGCCGAUCAACUAGAUGCUAACGGAGCUGUGUGCUCGACGGGAAUGAAUGACUGGGGCACGCCGAAUAUUGUUCUGUCGGACGAACCAGAAGGAGUAUUGAAGGUUAUCACCACGCUCAGACUCUCUGUGUCGCCGCAGAUGCUACGCGAACUACAAGUGGCUGUCGAACGGAAAGAAAAGUGUAUUUCGCGCUGGAAUAUCGGUAUCCUGCUACGACUUUUUAAGUUCCAGAACGUCAAGAACAGCCUCGACUAUUCGUCUGUGCCUGUAGCAGACAUCAACACGUUCCCGCACUACACAGACUGCCGUCCUGAUAUUCCAAAUGAAGGGAUUGUCGGAGAAAAACUUGCGAUGGAAACCAAUGGAGAAGACGUGCUGGUUGUCGUUCCAGAUAUCCUUAAACUGUUCCCGUACCAGUUUUCAACUAGUUUACCCAAGAUUUCCAGGUAUAUCCCCGCCAAGGACACAAUUUAUGGUGCCAAUAAUGUCACGCAGCCGUUGUUCAAGGGAUACUAUGCUGGAUGCAGAGUUCGCGUCGUGAAUGUGACAGGAGUGUAUGUGGAAGACACUUGCACUCUAUUGAAGCACUGGCGAUCGUAUGGACUGAUGUUACAGACCCCGGAUGAUCUACCGGUGUGCUCUACUGGCGAUGUGUGCAUCCACAACCAGUAUAACUCGCAAUGGGAGUACACGAACGACGUAAACCCGACGGAUUCUACGCGUCUGGACCAAUUCCUUAGUGUUUUCCGUAGUCGAUACGCUGAUACCGUGGACUUGAGUGUUUUACCAGGUGUGGUUGUGAUACAGAUCCUCUUUAUGGGGAUCGUAAGUCUGUACCAAGUGAUGUCGCACCAUCGCUCAGUGCUGUUGACUCAAAUAUGGGCAUAUCGAUGCCAGAACGGCAGGAUGCAGCCUAUUUACCUCGCACAGAUCACAUACCACCUCGCGUUUAACUCGAAUUUGUACUAUCUUGGACUCUCCACUGGAACACUAUCCAUGGCUUCAGUACUGAAUCUAACGUUAAGUUUCUUUGCAUUUAACUAUUCUUUUAUCAAUCUCAUCCGAGCUCGCUCAGGUGACCAAGUAUUGGACCGACAUUUUCGUAUUCCAUGGGAAAUUUUACAGCUAACCAGCAUGAUAUGCACGUUCGCAGUGCUUUCGUCUCUUCGACUUACAUCGCUAGCGUUUAUUGGAGAAUUUAAUGGCGAACUCUUGCGUCGGACUUCAGCUCGAGGUGCAAGAUACUGUGGACUCAAAGACUCAUGCUACGUGUUCACAGUGAAUCUUGUGUUCGUGGUCGCUGGGAUAAGUUUUGCCAUGGGUUUCGUAGCGAGCAUAGGAGGUAGGCGGGAGAAACAAGCUAGGGGGACGAGUACAUCUCCACGACCGUCGUCCUGGCUUCGGGUUUUCAGUAGCAAGAAGGUGGGCCCAACCGUCCUGAAUUUGCAACAGCAGAAGCUCACGACGUUCGAGGAAAACUGUCUUGGUGGCCAAUUUAUCAGAUUGUUCUACGACUGCGAAGAUUUUGCUUAUACUACGUUCCGAGGCAAGCGCUGCACUUCAGUGGAGGCAAUAUUGCUUACUGGGUAUCUGUUCUAUGGUCAGCACUUGUAUCAGGCAACAUCCGUCUUGAUGCUGCUUGUGGCGCGAGUCUUACCCAGGAAAGUCAUUCGUACUUUUAACGUCCUUUUGAUUCGGUGGCGGAUUGAUCCAAACGAAGGCGCACUCUCCCAUGCGUUGUCUUGUACGUGGUACAAUGCGAGCGCAGAGCGAUUCAAAAUUUCGGAGGCCAUACCUGUAGCUUAA